AUGGCAACAGCAACAGCAACAACAACAAAUAUUCAUAGUGGAAGAUACCGUUCAGAUAAUGAUAUUGAAAAAUAUCGAUUAGAACUUAAUUGGACGAAAAUUCUUGAUAAAUUAAAAACUAUAAAAGUUUCAGAAUAUGUUAAAUUUUUGGAUGGAGAAGCUCAAUUAGAAUAUUACUUACAACAAUAUCCAUUAACUGAUAGUCGUCAUAUUGAACAAUCUCGAAAUGAUUUAAAUAGUGUUGAAAAUCUUCUUAAAUCUGGUUUAUCAUAUAAUUUAUUUGAUGGACAAUGUCUUUUAGCCAAAUUAUAUUAUGCUCAAGCACGUUAUGAUCAAUGUUUAACAUAUGUUAAUUUAGCUCUUAAUUCAAUUCCAAAUGAUAUUAAAGACCAACCAAAUAGAUCUUCUUUAUUACUUGCAGAAAUUUAUGCACUUAAUGGACUUUUAUUAGAAAAAAGAAAAAAAUAA